CUUCGGGGUAGGAGAGGGCCCUGCGCGGUGGGGAAACGAGAGCAUAAAAGCUCGCGCGCGAGAAAAGCGAGACGCUGUGGUGUUCUCGUACCCCGAACUGCUGGUACGGUAUCAGCGAAGCGGAGAGAGAGAGACGGAGAGUAAGGAAAAAAGACAGAGGAAGCAAAACAUUGAGUGCCAAGCAUUUGGAGGUCCUCACACGAAGCAAGAUGGGUCAUCCGCCCCGGCUACCGACCGCGGGUUUAAUCGCCUGCUGUCUCCUCCUGCUGGUCCAGCCUUCCUACACGAGUAGGUGUACGGUUGGCUGCCAUGGAAUGCACUCAGACCAGUCAUACAAAGAGGGACAGACAUACACGUACGCCCUAGAGGGCAGAUCAGCAUCGACAGUGAGCGAGGGCCAAGGAGAAGCAACGCUAAAACUCAAUGCUGACGUUGAGUUGGCCGUCAAGCCGGACUGCGUAAGGCAACUCAGGCUAAAGAAUGUCCAAGUCAACGGAGCUGCCGUACCUCAGCAAGACCUCGAGAAGUACGCACUUCAGUUCAACUAUCACCACGGGCACAUUGACACCGAAUUGUGCGCCGAGGCUGGAGAUUCUCAAGCCUCGCUGAACAUCAAGAGGGCCGUAAUCUCACUUUUCCAGGCCACAGUCGUUCAGGAUGAGGGCUCAACGACCAGACACGAGGUCGACAUCCUCGGAGGCUGCGUCACGGACUUCAUCUUCUCGAAGGAUGGCGACGCGCAAGUCGUCACCAAGAGCAGGAAUCUCAACCAGUGCUCCAACCGGGAGAACAUCAAGCAAGGCCUGUUCUCGGGCAUCGUCAACCCGAACGCCGGCAUCCAGUCGACCCCCAUAAUCGCCGGCCACCAGAAGGUGGAGCAGCGCUUCAAGGGUGGCGUCCUCGACAAGGCCGUGUCCACCGAGACGUACAAGCUGCGUCCGUUCAGCAACGGUGAAGCCGGCGCUAAGACUGUCGUCGAGACCGUUCUGACCUACAAGGGAAAGAAGGAGGACAGCCCGACCGCCGCCGUCAGCCUGCCCAAAUCCAUCAUCUUCGAGGCACCUCACCCCGUUGUCAAGUCCUCGGUCGAGGCCAUCGACAAGGCUAUGCAGCCCAUACACAAGGACGCCUCUGACGCUGUCAAGCCCGAGGAAGCCAGGAAGUUCUCCGAGCUCAUCAGGGUCCUCCGGACCAGUAGCAAGAAGGACAUCCUCAGCGUCUACCACAGAAUCAAGGCCGGCGCUGGCUACGACAAGGAGAAGGACAAGAAGGUCCUCCUGGACGCCCUCUACCGUACCGGAACCGGCGAAGCCGCCGAGGUCGUGGUCGAGCUCAUCAAGAACAAGGAGAUCACCGACCUCCAGGCUGUCCUCUACUACGCCAGUCUCGCCUUCAUCCAGCACGUGAACCUGCCAUCCGUCACGGCCAUCACCACGCUCCUGGACCAGCCCAAUCUGUCCCGCAUCGGAUACCUCGGUAUCGGCCAGAUCAUCGGCAGAUACUGUCACCAACAUUCCUGCGAAAACGUUCCCGAAAUCAAAAACGCCCUCGCCAAGAUCGUAGCCAAGGUCAAGGACGGCAAGGCCAACAACCGCGCCGAUGAGGACGUCAUUAUCGCGGCCCUCAAGGGUCUCGGCAACGCAAAGUACCUCGACGAUGCGACCCUCGAGAAGCUCGCCAACAUCGCCGCCGACAAGAAGGUACGCAACCGCGUCCGUGUUGCCGCCAUCGAGGCUCUGCCAACCAGGUGCACCAUGGCUUGGAAGAACAUCCUGUCCAAGCCCUUCGCCGACCAGGAGGAGGACAGCGAGAUCAGGAACAAGAUCUACCUGUCGUUCGUCGCCUGUCCGUGCAGCAAGGUCGCCGCCACGGUCAAGAAAGUCCUGGACAACGAGAAGAUCUAUCAGGUUGGAUCCUUCAUCACCUCGCACCUUCGCAACCUCAGGGCCUCGGCCGAUCCGUUCAAGCAGCACGCCAAGGCUCACUUCGGACAGAUCAGACCGCGCACCAAGUUCCCCGAGGACUUCCGCAAGUUCUCAUUCAACAACGAGAUUUCUUACAACCUCGACGCCUUCGGUGUUGGCUCGACUGCCGAGAGCAACGUCAUCUACAGCCAGAACAGCUUCGUUCCCCGCUCAGCCAGUCUCAACCUGACCACCGAGAUCUUCGGACAUUCCUUCAACUUCUUGGAGUUGAACACCCGCACGGAGAACCUCGACCGCGUGAUCGAGCACUUCUUCGGACCCAAGGGAGUCAUCCCGAGCCAGAAGCCCCAGGACGCCUACAAGGAUGGUCUCAAGGAUCUCGCUGGACUGUCCAAGUACAUCAAGGAACGUCUGGAGAAGAGCACUCGCGGCAAGCGCGAUGUCAAGCAGGCCGAUCUCGACAAAUUUGCCAAGGGCGUCACCCUUCGCAACAACGAGGUUGACGCUGACCUCGACCUUGACCUCUCCAUCAAGCUGUUCGGUGUCGAACUGGCUUUCCUCAGCUACGAGGGAUCCAGCCAGGCCUACACUCCCCAGCAGAUCGUCGACAAGCUCUUUGAUCACUUCGACAUCGGGGUGAACAAGAUCAAGAACCUGAACCACGACGUCGAGAACCACAUCCACUUCCUCGACGCCGAGUUCAUCUACCCGACUGGUUUGGGUGUGGCUCUGAACCUCGGAGUCACCGGGUCCAGCGUUGUUCGCACCAAGACCAACACCAAGAUCGACAUUCCGUCCAUCCUCGCCGACCCCAAGAACGCUGCUGUCAGGAUCGCCCUGGAGCCCAGCGCCUCCAUCGAGAUCGUUGGAGAUAUCAUUGUCACCGACGGUUUCGGUUCCCAAUCCGGAAUCAGGCUCGUCACCACCCUGCACACCGCCACCGGCUACGACCUCAACGUCAAGGUUCUCGACGGCAAGGGCGUCGACGUUAGCCUGGGAGUGCCCAAACGCAAGCAGGAGAUCAUCAGCGUCUCCAGUGACGUGCUCUUCAGCAACGGCAAACCCGACAAGUACACGCCCAUCAAGUUCGGCAAGGGCAAGAAGAGACAAGACUGUUUCGACCAGUUCACCGCCCCACUGGGUCUCACCGUCUGCGGGCACAUCUCUUACCCGUACGACAAUCUCGCCUCCAUUCAGAAGAAGCCCUUCUUCCCUCUGAGCGGACCCUUCAAAUUCUACGUGACCAUCGAGAACAACGACGUCUCGAGCUACCACUUCAAGGCCUUCUACAACGACAAGAACCCGAAAGACCGCUCCGUGGAGAUCCUUCUCGAGACACCCAACAGCAGAACGAGCAGAUAUGUUUCGCUUCUUUUGCAGGCCGCCACCGAGCCCGACGCCAAGCUCAAGGUUUCCUUCGACUCGCCCAUCAAGAAGGCAUCCGCCGAAGCACUCGUUAAGCGCAAUGACAAGGAACAGACUUUGACAGUCACGGUCAAGAACGACCAGACCGAGUACUUUGCUCGCGCUGGUGUCGAGACUCUUGGCGGCAGCAAGUACAAGCCCAUCCUCGAGUACAAAGUACCGGACCACUUUGAAAAACUUGGCGGCGGCAAGGGCAAGGCCGUAGGAAAGUCGGGCCAAACUCACAAAGUCGAGGGAACCGUCGAAGUUGCUAACCACCAGGGUGGCAAGAAGUACGUAUUCAACGACGUCAAGCUGUUGUCGAACGGUCACAAGAUCAUCGGCAUCGAAGGUACCGCCAUCUCUACCCCGAAAUCCGUCGAAGUUGACGUCGAUCUUGGCUACGCCGAUGACAAGCUCAAGAUCAAGGUUGACGGUAAGAAGUUAGGCGAGCACAACUACGAGCUGGCCGCUUCCGCUCUGCCUCAAAAGAACCUUGCCAACUCCUUUGGAUUCGACUGGGCGUACAACCUUCAGAAGAACACCUGGGAGCACAAAUUUGGAUUCGUCCAAGGUGAAGACCUCAAGUCUCAGAAUAACCGUCUUGAACUUGUUCAGAAGGCUGAAUUCAACGUCGAACCAGACAAAUUCGCUCUAUCCAGCAAGAACAAGGUCACUUACCCGAAGGUAGGACUCGUCGCUAAGCUCAACGGUGAACUCACCAAAAAGUCCCUCAAGACCGAGGCUGAACUCAAGUACGACAAGUUCAAGUUUGGCGCUGAACUCUCUGGUAAAAUCAACACCAACAAGCCAGGAGACUACGAGGUUGAAUUCGAGGCGGAGGUUCUCGAGAACAAGAUAGAACUCGAAUCCAAGAGAAUCAUCGUCGAUGAAAACAAGAGCAAAUUCGAGAACUCGCUCAAGCUCUCUCCAGGCGGUACCUACAAAGCCGAUGCCGUCAUCGGAUGGAAGGUCAAGAAGAAUGACAUCAACGUUGAAGUUGAUGCCGAUCUCAACCUCAACAACAAGAAGAUCAAGCUCGACACUGGUCUCGUGGCUACCCCCGAGAAGCUGAACAACCACGCCCAGAUGAUCGCCAAUGGAGUCAAGUACAUCGACUACAAUCUCAAGAUUCAACGCGGCCAGAACCCCAACGGUAACUUGGUCCUGAACUUGAAGAACUACCUGACCGCUGACGGUCAAUUCGCCUACCAAAAUGGCAAAGGAAAUGCCAAAAUCAACGUUGACAUUCCCAAGAUCAACAGGAAGAUCAAGGGUACCGGAGAUAUCGCCGUCACUGGAUCGAAGCACGUCGCCAACUUUGAGAUUGCUUACGAUGCCGAGAAGGACCCGAACAAGAAGAUCAAGAUUUCCACCGACUCGGACAUCACCAAGACCUCCAUCGACUCGAAGAACGUCAUUGAAAUCCUAACCUACAAGACCGUGCUCAACGUCAAGGGUAACCACAAGGGCGACCUUUUCAACGGACAACAAGACGGUAACAUCGAGAUCACUUUGCCCAACGGCCGCUACCUCACUUUGAAGGGAGACCGCGUCGCCAGCAAGAAGGACGAAAAACUGGACGUCAAGAGUAACCUUGAGGUCACUGACCAAGUCACCAAGGGAGGAGAAACCAAGAAGGCCAUCUUCGGCGCUGACGUCAAAAUCGUCAACAUGAAAGAAAGACUGUUCGACAGCGUCUACACUGCCAAGUACGUGCACAGCGAUGGCAAGGAUCUGACUACCAAGAUCGCCGCAAAGAACCUCGCCGCAUCCAGUCCCGACAAAAAAUCCGCUGCUUUAGGAAUCAACUUCUCCGGCACUUUGAUCCCGCACCCGAUUGCCCUCUCUACCGAGGCCAAUUACGACUUCAACAAUGUUGCUUUCAAGGGUACUGCUUCCAGAGGAUCAGACUUGACUGUCACGAGUGACGUUAACUACAGUCGUGGAAACAACGUCGACAAGCCAGCCAAGCUUAAGGGACACAUCGAAGCCAAACUACCAAGCGACAAACUCAAGAACAUCAAAAUGGAGUUCGACGAGUCCGUCCUGGACCAGGGAGAUGAAAAUGGCAUCUUUGAGUACAUCAAGUCCAAGACAAUCACUUACAACGACAUCCAAAAGAUCAAGCUGGACGCCACCUACAAGCACUCCGGCAACAAGAACCUGGACGAGUCCGGCAAAUUCGAGCGCACUUUCACCUCUACGCUCCAAAUCCUUGAUAAACCAGCCAUCACCCUGACUGAGAACUACAACCACGAUCUCAGCGGAGAAUUGAAGAACCUGAAAGAGAAGGCUAGCGUCAAGUACGGCGACAAGGAGGUCACCGGAGACGUCCAUCUAACAUGGAAUUCCGAGUUCAACAAGGUAGCCGUCAACGGCAAGUUCACCACUCCCUUCGACAAGCUGAAGAACAUCGACUUCCAAGUCGACCACAAGAGCGAGAAUGAGAAGUCCAGAAAGACCGACGUUGUUGUCACCAUCGACGGAGUCAAGUACACCCAGACCAGCGAAAUCGACCUCGACGAGACCCCCGGAAUCCAUCUGGUAUUCACCUGCCCCGCUGGAAAAACCGAGCUCUUGGCUAAAUUCAAGAAACUCGGAGACAACGAAUACUCCGGCGAGUACAAGCUUAUCACACCAAAAGGAUUCGUCACUGCUGACGGACGCGUUAAGCUCGACAGUGUAGACGACUUCGUUCUCAACGUCAACUUCGACAGCGACAAGCUCAAGUACCGCAAGAUCCACGCUGAGAUCGCCAACAAACCCAGCACUCCUGAUGGCAGAGCAAUCUUCAUUACCGUCACCUCCGACGGAAAGAACCUUGUUACUGGAAGCACGAACUACAAGAGACACGAGGAGGACAAGAAGAUAACCCUCGAAGGUAACGGCAGCUUGAAGAUCGGCGAGAACACCAAGAGCUCGUCCUUCAAGUACGUCCGCAAACAGCUGACCCGCGAAAACGACAAGGAAGUCGGAGUCGCCAUCAUGCUCAACGCCAGCUUCGGCCCAUCAGGCAUCGUUGGUGAACUGAAACUUUCCGACAAGGAAGUGCUCGUGUUCAACAGCUACUGCGAGCAGAGCAAGGACUGCGCACAGUUCAAGCUCCAGUCGACCCUCGACACCGACCAUCUUACUCACCUGAACCACAACCUCCAAGUUGAAGUUAACCUCAAGAAGUUCAACGUCCCCGUUGAAUUCGGUCUCAUGUCCAGCACCAAGUACGCUGACUACUCGCUUGACCACCAAGCCAACCUCUACCUCCACUCCUCCAAGGACCGCACCCAGUACACUUACCAUGUCUACAGCAACAAACGUGAAUCAGCUGCUGUUCUGUCGCUCCCAAGCCGCGAACUAGCCAUCGUUGCCUUCCACGACGUCCCGACUGUCAAGCACUCCGGAGCUUACAAGAUCGACAUCUCCCUCUACCUGGACAGAAAGAACAAGCCCUCUGAAAAGACCAGUGUCAUCUUCGCUGGUGAUGUUAAUGUUGACAAGAACAACGUUGGAAUCAAGGGAGAAGCUAAAUUCACUUACCCAUCUCAACCAAAGGACAUGAUCGUGAAAGGAAACCUGAACGUAGGCGGAACCCAAAUGCUGGACGCCAACGUCGACAUCGAUGUGUUCCACAGCAAGAACGACAAGAUCACCGCGAAUGCCAAGCUCAUCCGCAACGACAUCGCCAAGGGUUACAACGUCACCGGUACCUUCAACAUCCACAGCAAGGGCCAGAAAUUGGACGUCAAGUCCGACCAGCACUUCGCUGCUACCACCAACUCCGUUGAUCUCGGUGCCGGUUUGUCUUAUACUGACAAGCAGCAGAAACCCAAAUCCCUCGGUGCCUACUUCGUGGCUAAUCCACAACAGGUUGAUUUGUACGUCUUCGUGCCAGGCAAGGAGCUCGUCAAGUCGCACACCAACAUCGUCGUCGGCAAGGACAACCAGAAGGUUGACACCGAAUUCUCCAUUCUGGGACACAAACCCGUUGCUGCCAACCUCGAGGUCAAGGAUUACAACAGCUUCAAGGCUAGCUAUGGUCGCAAAGACGAUGCCAAGAACAAGCUUACUGCCAACGGAAAGAUCGUCAUUGGACAACUUGCUGAGAUCCACGCUGACGUAUUGAAGAAUGGCGCCAAGGAGGAAUUGUUCCACGUCUUGGUCCAUCUUGACGAGAGCAAAUUCAUGAAACCCGACUUUGCUUACAACAACAAGAAUAUCAUGGCUGUUGUGAACCAUCAUCGCGAACACUUGACUGAGCGCGUCAAGGAGAUCAAACAGAUCGGCGAGGAAAUCGGCAAAGAAAUCGUCACUGAAUUCACCGACCUCUUCGAGCAUCUGAAGAAGGCUCAGCCAAGCCUCAAGCCUUUGAUUGCCUAUUUCGAGGGAGAGUUGAACAAACUCAAGACCGAACUUCAUGCUGACCAGACCAUCAAGGAAAUCCAAGACAUCCUUAACAAGACUUUCGGUGGACUCAUCGCCGCCGUUACCAAGAGCGUGAAGAAGUUCGCCGAGCAGUUGCAAGAACUGCACGAGCAGCUCAACAACAUCUGCAGUAAAUUGCAGGAAGCCGUCAGGGCUACCUACCCACAGCUGAAGGAAUCUUUCGACAAGCUCUUCCAGGUUGGCGUAGCUAUCUUCGACAGCGCCACCAAGCUCGCCACCGCUUACGUCGAGGCCAUCCUCAAGGUCCUCAACGAGCACCAGAAGGACAUCGAGGAACUCGUGUCCGUUGCUUCCGAAUUGGCUCAGGACGUCGCCAAGAUCAUCUUCAAGGGCGCCAGCCAGAUCGAGAAGGAGGUCAGGGAGUUUGUCCAGCUGUUGGUACAGCAGGUCCGCGCUCUUCCGAUUUACGAAAUGGCUCAGAACACCUACAAGGAGCUUAUGAACUACAAGAUCCCAGACUACAUCAUCGCUCCAGUUGAGGAGUUCUGCAACAACAUCAAAAACUUCCUGCCCACUCAGGAACUCAAGGACUUCUUCUCUACCGUCUACAACUACGUUCUCAAGCACGUCAAACACCAGAAGGUUGACGAUACCAACGAAGUUAAGAAGAUCUACUCUCAAGCCAUCAACGCUGCUCGCUCCAUCAUUGGCCUUCUCCAAUCCCACGCCACCGUGGAGAACGUCUUCGGCUUUCUGGAGACUCAGUUCCCGAUAGACGUCAGCUACCUGAGAAAGCUCCCAGGACUUUCCACCAUCCGCUUCUCAAUUCUGAAGCUCUUGAUCAACCGCGAACUCCCAACCAUCUCGGACCUGUACUACACCUACAGGCCGAUCAACCAUCUCGAUGACACCAUCCCACCUGCCAGGAAAUACGGUUACUUCGCCGACGGAGGUCUCUUCGUCACCUUCGACGGCAAGCAGUUCGUCUUCCCAGGCACCUGCAACUACAUUCUUGCUCAGGACAUGAAGGACGGCAACUUCUCCGUCGUCGGAGAGUACGCCAACGGCAACCUCGUCAGCGUCACCGUCACCGAACCCAACGAGAGCGUCACCAUCAAGUCUAACGGAAACCUCCUCGUGAACAACAAACCAGCUGACUACCCAGCUGCCACCAAGAAUAUUGAAGCCCACUUGAGCGUUCCUCUGCGUCGCGUCAAGUCUAAGUACGGUGUCAAGGUAGUCUGCAACAUCGGAAGCUCCAUGUCUUGCUACUUGCGCGUGUCCGGCUUCUACCACGACAAGCUCCGUGGUCUGCUCGGAAACGCCAACAACGAGCCAUCAGACGACUACAUCCUACCCAACGGCAAGGUCGCGGCUAGCGCCACCGACUUCGGCAACGGCUACAAGCUCAACUCGGGCUGUGGCAACGCCGCUGCCAAAGGAACUGACGCUCCCAGGUCGUCAGUCUGUACCCAGUACUUCUCUGGAAAAUCCUCGCUGAACCCCUGCUUCAACUACGUUGACUCCAAGAUCUUCCGUAGCUCUUGCGACCAGCUUGUCGCCAAUGGAGUCAAGAACGGACCUUGCAUCGCCGCUUCGUCCUACGUCUCGGCUUGCUUGGUGCAGAACAUCUUGGUCAGCCUGCCCAACGACUGCGUUCAAUGCAAAGUAGCGGACGCCAUGAUCAACGGAGGCGACAGCUUCAGCGUCAAGAUCCCCAAGAAGCAAGCCGACAUCAUUUUCGUCGUCGAGCAGGCAGCCGACAACGAAAAGGCCUUCAAGGAACUUAUCAAGCCUGUCAUGAACGAGCUGAGAACUGAAUUGAAACAGCAGGGCAUCACUGACGUCUUCAUCGGCCUCAUCGGCUUCGGCGAAGGCAUGACGUGGCCGCGCCACUACACCUCCAACAACAACGUCAACAUCGAAGGUGGUGACAUCAACCACAUGACUUUCACCGCCAAGAACGAGCCCCUCGUCUCGAUGCAGGAAGCCAAGGAGGACAAGCAGGGUAGCAAGAAACUGCAGUUCAUCAAGCAAAGGCUCGACGUCGAGUUGGGCACCUUCAAGGUCACCGACGCCUACGAGGCUGCCAUCAGGUAUCCAUUCAGACCCGCCGCUGCCAAGGCCGUCGUCGGUCUCAUCAGCCAGUUCUGCGAGAAGAGCCCGCUCUCGCCGUUCUCCUUCCAGGACUACAGGCUGCAUCUCGGCCGUGAAGUCUACAACAAGAUGGGCCUGACCUACUACCACGUCUCGCCCCUGAAGGACCUCGAGAUCAACGGCAAGUCCCAGAAGAACGUCGUUGGUUACGACAAGGACUACGUCUACACGUUCGCCGACAGCAAGAAGAAGCCGCUCGAGGGCAGCUCCGACCUCAAGAGCAACCUCGCCACCGUGAACGGUGACGUCUGCGCCGGAUUCGCCGUCAACACCGGUGGUUCCGCGUUCAGCACGCACAACUUCCUGGAAGCCAAGCCCAACCAACAGGCUCAAUACGUCAAGGUCACCGCCAGGAGGAUCGCCGAGGGUCUCGUCAACACCGAGAUCGAGGAGGACUGCGUCUGCGGAGCCGAGGCUGGAUACGGCCACACCGCCCAGGUCGUCAGCCGCCCCCACUGCAAGGUCGUCAACCGCACCGAGAAAGAAAGGCAUAAGUAAGCGAUGGCUCGAAGAGCCGACUGACGAGCACUCUAACUAAUUAGGUCUGAUGUAUUUGUUAUUUCGUUUUAUAAAAUAAGAAGCACUAUAGAGUCCUUUUAUAUCGCGGCGACGAGUCGCACGGCAGUAGCAGCUCCCUGUCUCAACACUAUAGAUAUACAUGUAUACGACGAUAUAUCAAGACGACACUCUUAAUACCUACGUAUGCAAUGUACAUGCACAAAUUUAAUAAUACAUACAUCAUAUAAGCCCUCAACGAAACGUAUUUGCGAAGAGUAUUUGACCUUUUCACGUGUAUCGCAAAGUGUCCAACCAAUAAAGUGUGUGUGUAAAUAAGCCGUAAAUGAUGUGUAUAUUGCCACUCUCUCUCUCUCUCUCUCUCUCUCUCUCUCUCUCUCUCUCUCUCUCUCUCUCUCUCUCUCUCUCUCUCUCUCUCUCUCUCUGUCUGCCUCUAUUAUUUAUCUGUCUCCGGUUCCGGAAGAAAAUUUUAUUGUCCCAGCAUAGACGACUGCUGGCUUCAUUUCCGGAGGAGGGAGAAUGCCGUGUAUACUGCCGUCGACUGCGCGCAAUUCGAUGCUAACGACUGACUUUAAUCGAAUUAUUUUUAUAUUAUUAUAUUAUAUAUGAUAAAGUUAUAUAUUUUAAUGAAAGUGAAAUACCGUUAUAAUAACGACACACAUGCGCGACGAUGGAUCAUGUGCAUGAUUGGUGUACAUGUACGCGAGAGAUACUGUGAAUUGUGAAUAAAGUAUAUAUAAAUUUAAUUAUAA